GUUUCAAGCAGCAGGACAUUGAUUUGGACAUUGACAUAAACGACAUUGGCAACAUCAACAUUGAGCUUGCGGAAGCGGAUUUCGACACAGAAGCUAAGGUUGGUCUGGAGCGUGUCAUCACCACCAACAGCAAGAUCUACAACGACGAGAUAAGCCUGUACGGCAGCAUCGACGCAGCCAUCGAGGCCAGCCUGCUGAAGCUGGCGGAGGCCAGCGCCAGCAUAGGCGCCUCGGGGCAGGCGACCUCCUAUGCGGCCGUUGGCGACGACCGGACCGCAAGGAUCGGAUUCAGGACGAGCUUCGAAGGGGGGCGGGACGCGGCUCUCACGCUGCCUGGAAUAAAGAUCGGCGCGGGGGGCGACAAAUGA